AUGACGGCAUUGGAGCUUAGUGACCAAGGCUCGACGGCAAGUGGAGAUGGCGAAAAUUCUACUUCUACUGCCUUUUCAGAGAAUCGAUGGCGACAUCUGUGGAAACUCAAAAUUCCGAAGAAGAUUUUGCACUUUAUUUGGAAGUGUCUUCAUGAGAUUUUGCCGACUAAAGCAAAUCUUUUUCGGAAAAAAGUUGUUGAGGAGUCAAGUUGCCCAGUUUGUGGGGUGGAAGUGGAAACAAUUCUGCACCUUUUCUGCACAUGCUCUUUAGCGCAACAGGUCUGGUCUUUGUUCCCUUUCAAUACGGGCUUGGUUGGUGCUAGUUAUAAUUCAUUUGUUGAUUUGUGGGAUGCUUUUGAGGCUCAUUGGCAGAAUGUUUCGAAUAAGUACUGGCGUUGUUCUCUUAUAGCAGUUGGGAUGUGUUCUAGGGCAGCAGGUUGCUUGGAUGAAUACUUAGCAGCAAACCGAUCAGGGGGAGAAAUUCGGGGUAAUAGGGAGAAGGAUUCUAGCGUUGCUUGGCAGCGGCCGAGUACUGGUUUUGUUAAAAUUAAUGUGGAUGGAGGAUGGGCAAAGUUUUCUGGGAAAGGUGCAUACAGUGUGGUUAUCAGAGAUGCGAAUGGAAUGUUCAUGGUUGCUGCAUCUGGAUGCUUGUCUUGGUGUAGAAGCCCAGAACUCGCAGAGGCCAUGGCGGUUCGUCGUGGAGUCCAAGUGGGGCUUCAACUAGGACUAAAUACAGUCAUGGUGGAAAGUGAUUUUAAGGCCUUCAUUGACAUGAUAAAUGGGCAUACAGUAGUCAGCCAAAGCAUGAAUUCUAUCAUCCAUGAUGUUAAGGUUUUGAACAAUGAUUUUCAAAGUUGUAUGUUUUUGUUUGCUCGCCGAUCUUCUAAUUCGGUUAUGCAUACUUUGGCUAGUAAAGGUUUAGGUGGGUUGGAUUGUAGUCUUUGGACUGAAUCCCCUUCUAUUUGGCUUCUUGAUUCCUUGUCUAGGGAUGGAGAUUCCUCAUGA